AAUAUAACAAAGUAACUGGAACCUUAUGCACGUGCCUGUGGCUAACAGAAUAAAGGUUGUCAAGUGUGCGGGAGAGGGAGGGGGGAGAAGAAUGCAGACAUUGCAAGAGAAGGCAUCAGAGUGGAGUGGGGUGAGCACCACCGAAGCCUUCGCCAUUGACGAGACCAAUCUCUUCCAGAAGCUCGGCCUCGACACUUUUGUCAAUCUCUCAACCAAUUUCUACACCAGGGUUUUUGAUGACGAGGAGGAAUGGUUUCGCACGAUAUUUGCAAGCUCAACCAAGGAAGAUGCCAUUAGGAACCAGUAUGAGUUCUUUGUGCAGAGGAUGGGAGGACCGCCUUUGUUCUCUGAGAGGAGAGGUCACCCUGCCUUGAUUGGCCGACAUCGUCCAUUUCCAGUGACUCAGAAAGCUGCAGAGAGAUGGUUGCAUCAUAUGCAACAAGCAUUAAACAGUACUGCAAAUAUUGACAAUGACUCCAAGUCCAAAAUGAUGAAUUUUUUCAGGCACACUGCAUAUUUUCUGGUGGCUGGAAAUGAAUUAAAGAAUCAAGGCCAAGGAGGAGUUGCUUGUAAACCAGCUACAGCAUGACGUUUCUCCAUAACUUGCUGCUCAAGGAGUAUGGAAAAAAUCGGUGUAGAAUGAUAUGCAUGCACACACCUGCACAAACUCAUAAGUUGAAUGGAAGUCCCAUCCCUCUCAAGCUUUUAUGUUAGUCUCUUCCCUUCCUCACAUUUAUUUGAGCUCACAAGUGUUGUGUGGAACAUUGUAUUGUAUAGAGAUCAAGUCAGCCUAGACAGUGCAGUGCUAAAAUCAGUUCCAAUGCGCUCCCCAUAUGUCAAUGUUACAGAGCAUGACAAUGGGCCUGCCUAUUAAGUUUUAAGCUACUAUGUGCUCCCUAUUAGUGUAAAAUUUAAGAGGAAAACAAACACUGAGGUUAGUUUUUAACACAGAUCUAACUAUUU